AUGGACCCUUGGACAGUCGCUGGUGUUGCUGUUGGAGCAGUCGGCACCGUGGCCCUGGCGCCUGUGGUCCUGGGAGCAGUGGGCUUUGGAUCAGCGGGGGUCGUGGCUGGAACUGUCGCUGCCAAGAUGAUGUCAGCUGCAGCUAUCGCCAAUGGAGGAGGAGUGGCUGCUGGGAGUGCAGUGGCUGUACUCCAGUCAGCUGCGAUGGGAGGACUGUCGGCUGCUGCUUCAGCCACAGUGGCCGCUGCUGGAGGAACUGUGGGCGCUGCUGUUGCAAACUAUUUCAACCCACUUUCUAAUACAACCUCAUCAUAG